AUGGGCAAGGACGAAUCAAAAAAGGAAGCCAAGAGGGCGAAGCGCCAAUCCGAGGCUGCCGCUGCAGCGCUCGGCGACGUCAGCAUGGCCUCUGCAGCGACAGAUGGAGCAGCAGAUGAUAAGGCCAAGAGAAAGGCGGAGAAGAAGGCUGCCAAGGCUGCUGCUGCCGCCGUGGCCGGAGAGGAUGAUGAGGAUGAUGAAACGGCCGUCAACUUGGACGCGAUCAGUCCCAUUGCUCGUGAGUGUCCUCAUAUCAUAUCGACCUCCACAUCCUGGCUAUGACGCAUCUGCUGAUUCGCUGGCAUGAUACGUACCAUUCGCAGACCCAUUGGCGCACAAGAAGCUGUCUAAACGGGUGCUCAAAACGAUCAAAAAGGCGUCCAAGUCGCGAGGGCACGUGAAGCGCGGGGUGAAGGAGGUGGUGAAGGGGCUGCGCAAGGGAGAAAAGGGUUUGGUGAUCAUGGCAGGCGACAUUUCACCUUUGGACAUCUUGUCCCACAUCCCAGUCUUGUGCGAGGAGACGGACAACCCGUACGUCUUUGUGCAGAGCAAGGACGAGCUGGGCGCGGCUAGCAGCACAAAGAGACCCACUAGCGUCGUCAUGAUCUGCCCUACUGGUCUCAAGGGCAAAAAGGAAGUCAAGGAAGACUAUACCGAAGAGUAUGGCAACCUUCACACCGAAGUCAAGAAUCUGGUGAGCACGUUAAAGACCGCUGCUCCCUCAUCUGAUACUGAAGCUGACCGACUGUGUCAUCUUUUCGCAGGACGAGCGCGUGGUUCUGGGCGCGUGA